AUGGAUUUGACCGAACAACAAAUUCGCGGAUUGCCGCACCAAGAUCUCAUAAACUGCUUCCUACAGAUGCGAGAAGAGUUCAACGAAUUCCAGACGAGUUCAUCGGAAAUCGAAAAAAUGAUGGACACAGAGAUGGAUGAGUUGAGGUCGAAAUUGAAAAAGGAGGAGAGCAAAGUAGGCCAACUGACAACGGAGCAGUUGAAAAAUAAGGACAGACAAGAAGAGUCACGAGUUCAAUGGAUUAAUCUAGAAGAACAAUUACGACGAGAGAACGCAGAACUUCAAGAAAGAUGCGAAAGGCAAAAAGAACGAAUUUUGAAGUUAGAACAGCGAAACGACGCUUUGGAGACAUCCGAGCGGAACAAAGAGUUUCUCUCGUUAGAUCUAGGAACCAAACUCGAUCAAGCCGUUGAAAAAAUCGCCAUGCUGGAGUGUGAGCUACAUGAGAAACAAGAACGUGAACACGAGCACAUUCGAACAUCAGAGAGACCUCGUUUGAUAGUCGAGCCAUUGAGAAAUGACCCAGAAAUGCUGCCAGAUGAACCUUCUCCUGGUCCAAGCAAAGAAGAAUUCAGAAUGAGCAUCGAUGACGUUCACAUGGAAGAUGUUCAAGACACAAUGGAGGAAACCAUUUCGAAAAUUGAUGAAGUUUGCAUCGACGACAACAAGAACAUUCAAGCGAAGAAUCGAAGUGUAUCCACCGGAACGGGCGCCGGGGCUUGUAUCAAUCGAAUCGUCAAAGAUCUGAUGACAAAAGUCGAGCGAUUGGAUUCGAUUUUGUCGACUAUCCGUGUGUCCAACUCGUCUAACAACAAUUCUGUUCAUCUAACCACAACACGGGCCUAG